AUGGAUCACCUGACUGUGCUCUUCCAGGAGAUGUGGCGUCAAGGUGAAGUCCCGCAAGAUUUCAAAGACGCAACUAUCGUGCACCUAGACAAGCGAAAAGGGAAUCGCCAAGUCUGCGACAACCACCGUGGCAUCUCCUUGGUAAACAUCGCCGGGAAGAUCUUCGCUCGCACCCUCCUCAACCGCCUCAAUAACCAUCUGGAACAGGGCCUUCUGCCGGAAAGCCAAUGCGGCUUCCGUCGUCAUCGUGGGACCAUGGAUAUGAUCUUCGCCGCCCGUCAACUUCAGGAGAAGUGCCAGGAGAUGCGGACCCACCUGUACUCUACCUUCGUGGACCUGACGAAAGCCUUCGACACGGUGAAUCGUGAAGGACUGUGGAAGAUCAUGCAGAAAUUCGUCUGUCCGGAGCGAUUCACUCAGAUGGUGCAUCAGCUGCACGACGGUAUGAUGGCGCGAGUCACGGACAACGCAGCUGUCUCAGAGGCAUUCGCAGUGACCAACGGAGUGAAGCAGGGAUGCGUGCUGGCACCAACCCUCUGCAGUCUUAUGUUCUCUGCCAUGCUGAUGGACGCCUACCGCGACGAACGCCCUGGAAUCCGCAUCGCCUACAGAACGGACGGUCAUCUCCUGAAUCAACGGCGCAUGAACUUCCAAUCGCGCGUAUCCACAACUACCGUGCCCGAACUUCUCUUCGCCGACGACUGCGCCCUGAACACCACCUCAGAAGAGGAGAUGCAACGCAGCAGGGACCUGUUCUCCGCCGCCUGCGCGAACUUUGGUCUCGUCAUCAACACACAGAAGACGGCGGUGAUGCAUCAACCGCCACCCAACUCAGCCACAGCCCCCAACGCGCCGCCGCAAAUCAGCGUGAACGGAACCCAACUGCAAGUGGUGGAGAACUUCCCGUACCUGGGCAGUACCCUCUCCCGCAACGCCAAGAUCGACGACGAAGUCGCCAACAGGAUCUCGAAAGCCAGCCAAGCCUUCGGUCGCCUCAAAAGCACAGUUUGGAACCGUCACAGACUUCAACUGAGCACGAAGCUGAAGAUGUACAAGGCCGUCAUCCUGCCGACGCUACUGUAUGGAGCAGAGACUUGGACGGUGUACACGAGGCAGGCACGCCGUCUGAACCACUUCCACCUCAGUUGUCUCCGUUGCAUCCUGAGGCUGAACUAG